AUGAAAUCCGCAAGAGCCCCAGUGCUGGCUGCGGCCCUUGUGGCCUUUUUACAUACUCCUGCCUUCGGUGUUAAGUUGGGCAGCUCUCCCCAGCUGCAUCUUCGCCCUGCUUCUUUCGCCGAGUCCCAGUCCGAGGCAGAGGCCACUCAGACGAUCCAAAAUGCUCUAUCCUUACUUGGCGACGAAGAAGGGGGUGUUCACCGCGAAAUCAUGAAGGCCGUUACCCCCGCGCUGAAGUCCCUCUUCCACGCCACAGCAGUUUCCAUUCGCCCCCAAAUCGAAGAGGAGUGCAAACGCAUUGUGGAGGACUUCGCGAAGCACGAGCAGCAGCACGAAGAGGAAGAAGGGGACGAAGACCGAGGGUCUAGGUAUCCGGAGGACUGCACUGCUGUGGCGUGCGUGCGCGUGUGGGUCGCAGUGUUCAACCCGGACGACUUCUCGUUCAGCGAGCAGCAGCAGCAGACGUCGCAGCAGCAGCAGCAGCAGCAGCAGCAGCAGCAGGAGGUGCAGUUCUGGGACUCUCUCAAGAAGCACCUGGGCUCCGUGGCCCGCAUGGCUUCUCCUUUGAUUCAAAAAGUGGCCGAAAAGUUCGGCCCCGAGAUUGCAAAGCUCGGCAAAAAAGCUGCGCCGGUCUUUGCCCAUUCCAUUCGUUUGCUGCUGCGCGACGCAUGCACGGACGCGGAGGCCAAGGCCGGCGUCGAGGCCCAGGCGGACUAG